AUGAUCAAGGUCCUUCUCCUUUGCACUACUUCCCUCUCACUCCUUUUCACCACCCCUGGCUCAGGCCAGUACUCCAACUACUUGCUCAGCGGUGAGCGCCUCGACACAGACCGUUACCUCACAAAGAUGGUCUACAAGUUUAUUAUGCAAAAUGAUUGCAACCUCGUCCUCUACCAACUUACCAAUCUGAUAUGGUCUUCGGGUUCUGGCUUCUACCUCACCUUUGAGAGAGACGGCAAUCUCAUUAUCCAUAACAAUGAAAAUGAGAUCAUAUGGGAGACCGAAGCUAUCAGAAGUGAAGGAAAGUAUAUCCUCAUACUACAAAGGGGCGGUAUUGUUGCUGCAUACGGCCCAAGCGUUUGGUCUACUGAGACGAAUGGCUAUGGAUCGGAUGAAGUUGUCGUCGCCAUUGCACUUAAUGGGACAAUGGGGGUUUCAGGCGGAGAGCAGAAUAACGUGAGGGAAACGGGGAAAAUUAUGGAGGUUAUAUGA